UAUUUACUUUUAAAAAAUAAAAAAUACAAGAAGUAGAGAAAACAAAAUGAGGAUGAAGAAGAUCAUGAGUGUGGUGUGGAUCACGAUGCUACUAAUGGCGUUAUUUACGAUGGGAGGCGAAGCAAAGUCGGACAAAGAGUGCCAAGUGUUGUGCCAUAAGCACUGUCUACCCACUUCCUUUGUUGCAGAGUGUCUCAAAUGUCUUGGAAUAUGCGGGAGGACUCCACCGGUUGCAGUUGGAACCAUGAAUUCUGGUGAACACAAAUAACAAAAAUAUGAUUUUUAUCUUAUAAUAUAGGGCGAGACAUGUCUAGGCUUCCUUAUAUUGUUAUCUUUAUCCUAAAAUUCUUAUAAUUCAAUAUUCCCAUUUAACCAUUUCAAUAAGAU